AUCCUCUUUCAAAUUUCAUUAUCCCCAUUUUUCCAAAGUUUAAAAAGAUAGAAUCAUGAUACACCAAGGAGAAGAAGACCAGCCAUCAAAGGCUUUAUACGAGCUUUGUUCCAUGAUAAUCUAUACUCUCAAGUUCCCUCCAUAUCCAUAUUCUUCAACCUCUACGGCUUCUUCUUCUUCUUCUUCUUCUUCUUCUUCUUCAUCUCUGUCAACUUCUAAGAGACAGCCCUGGUGGAUGACAACACUGCGGACAUCAUCACAGGAUUCACCGGCAGCGUUCGCGUCGUUGUUUCUAGGCAUAUGUCUAGCUUUCAUGCUUUUUGGAUCUGUUACUUUCUUAAUUGGGUUGCUUUUGUUGCCUUGGAUUACUCUUUUGGUGUUGGUUUUCUAUGUUGCUGCUUUUGUCUCCAACUUGUCCUUGUUCGGUCGUUUCAUUGUUGGUUCAAUUGGGGUUGCAUUUGCACAAGGAUGUUCAAGAUGAGAUGAGGCCGAUAUACAGCUAAAGUGCUGGGAGGGAAAAUAAUUGUCGGAGAAACAAAGGCUAAUUUUCAUAUUUACAUAAUCUUGUAACUGAGGGUCCGUUUGAUUCGCUAAAAAUAAGGGACUGGAUAGGACAACUGUAGUUGUACUGUGUUUGAUUGUAAAACUGUUUCAGGAACUGGACAAACUGGGAAGCAAUGGACAGGACAAAAACAAAAUU